GGGAGACAACGGAGUGGGACGCUUGAGAGAGAAGUCGAGUUACUGACAACACAGUAGGGGCCUGCGCUGUUGAUAUAAAAUGAGUGAAGAGGACAGGUUUGCCUUUAUUGCUGAAUGGUAUGAUCCAAAUGCAGCAAUACAAAGACGAUACCAGCUGAACUAUUACACUAAGGAUGGAUCUGUUGAAAUGUAUGACAUUAAAAACCAUCGAGUGUUUUUAAGACGAACAAAAUAUGAUGAAAUUUGUAAGGAUGAUUUAUUUGUGGGCAACAAAAUUAAUGUUUUUUCACGGCACCUUCAUUUAAUUGACUACGCAGAUCAAUAUACUUCUCGAAAGGUUGGAAGCAAGAAGGAAAAAACAUUAGCUUUGAUAAAACCAGAUGCUGUAACAAAAAUGGGUUCAAUUAUUGAAGCCAUACUGGACUCAGGGUUUGUAAUCUCAAAGGCUAAAAUGGUUUUGCUCUUAAGAACUGAAGCAAUGGACUUUUAUAAUGAACAUCAUUCAAAAUCAUUUUUUAGUGAUCUUAUUAGUUUUAUGACAAGUGGGCCCAUUGUAGCAAUGGAGGUAGUUGGAGAUGAAGCUGUCUCUUCAUGGAGAAAAUUAUUAGGACCAACAAAUUCCAGCAUUGCAAGGAGUGAACUUCCUCAGAGCAUAAGAGCAAGGUUUGGAACUGAUGGCACCAAGAAUGCAGCUCAUGGUUCAGAUUCCAUUGCUUCAGCUGCUCGUGAAUUGGAAUUUUUCUUUCCAUCAAGUGGAGGACGUGCUCCAAAAAAUACUGCAAAGUUUACAGACUGUACUUGCUGUAUUAUUAAGCCCCAUGCCAUUUCUGAAGGCCUAACUGGAAAAAUCCUUAAUGCAAUAUUGGAUGCAGGCUUUGAGAUUUCAGCAAUGCAAAUGUUUACCAUCGAGAGAGCCAACGCUGAGGAGUUCUGUGAAAUAUAUAAAGGUGUGGUAGCAGAAUUCAGUGAUAUGAUUGUAGAAUUGUGUUCUGGUCCAUGCAUUGCUUUAGAGAUACGGGAUGCCGAAGCUCCAAAACGUUUCAGAGAUUUCUGUGGUCCUGCUGAUCCUGAAAUAGCUCGCCAUUUGCGUCCUAAAACACUUCGUGCUCGCUUUGGAAAAAACAAAAUUAAGAAUGCUGUUCAUUGUACUGACUUACCAGAAGAUGCGCCAUUAGAGGUGCAAUAUUUUUUCAAGAUUCUGGAUAGCUGAAUUGAAAAACAGAAGAAUCCAAAACACCAAACUUUGUUUAUUGUUUUAUUGUCUCAUGUUUAACUUGACUGAAGUUCCAACAAGAGCACAGGACUCCUGGCAAUUAUUACAGAUGUAUGAACAAUGUGUGCACAGUAGACAUUUAAAUACAUCCUAUGGGAUACUGCAUUGCCAUGAACGUUGUUUUAAAAUAAAGAUUUAUUUUUCAACAGG